AGAGAGUUUUACUAAUACAAAGUCCCUCACUAAAUGGCUUCUAGCCCUAAAUUAAUUAAUUAGUGUGAUUUCUUUUCGAGUGAAUAUAUUUGUCAGGGAGACACCGCUGCCAGCCAAUGAACCAGCGACGAGCCGUGGGAUAUGUGACACUACCGGAACAAGGAUAAACCGGUCCGGGAAUAUCGGUUGACACUGUUAGUGGGGAAACCGCGAACGGCCGUUGAACCGCGGCUCUGCUGCCACCGAACGCCUACCCGGCACGAAGAUUUAGCUUCCUGUUCGGGGGUAUUUUCGCUCUAGUGGCCGCUUUUACCCACUUCAGCACGCCUUGAUCUAAAAAACCCCGCGCACAAAUAAAUGACACUCACUUUCCCUUCCUCUUUCUCUUUCUUUUCUUCACCUCCUCAAGCGAACCCUUCAGAUUGGACAUUUCCCUCUCAUCAACUCCGAUAUGUGACUCUAAUUAGACCGCCUUCUUUGUUGGGACUAGCUCCUAAUAUCACCUGACACAUCUGAGGGAGCUGAGGUAAUAGGAAUUCAUUUCGCUCUUUCAGGACAAUGAUACUUACGCGGUCCUGUUGGCUCCUACCAUUUCUGCCUACAAGACUCCUGUACACAGCACCUUUAUAAGCACAAGCAAGCGCAAGCUGCUACCUUAAAUGUUACAGUUUUGAAUCCCACACUAUGGCUACUACGCAUACAGAUGGCAGCCCUUGGGGCUUCGCUGAUGAAGACUUUGUCAUGGAGGAUUACGAAAACUACCCGUCCAGCUUUUGUAAUCUACAAAACGAGAAUCUUUUCCCGAGAUCGAAAUUUCCAAUGUUUCGUGAAAGAGAUACUCCUGCCGCGCGCAAUGCCUAUACACUAAUUCAACCGGCGCUUCUCCUUAUGUCACGAAUUAUAAUUCAACGCUGGGAAUCUUUUGGCAUCUUCGUUCGGCGUCGACACUCAGGCCUCCCGGAUAUAUGGCUUGAUGCUGAUGUGGAGCUGGAAUUAUCAAGGGAUGAGACUAUUGGAUGCAUCAAAAAUGCCAUUCCUGACAUUGAUUUUGAUCCUGAUAUGCACCCAAAUUCUUCCCCAUUUGCAGAGACAACACUGUGCCCCAAGGCAAUGUCAGAUCUGAUAACCUUGGACUACAAUAUUAUUCGACUCUUGAAGGAUUUGACUUCAACCCACAAUCAGAAACUAGCAGGUCUAGUCUUUCUGGCAGUUUUACUGGGGCAUGAACUAGCCCAUGUAUUGGAGUUCCGUAGCAUUCGAGCUGGUCAACUAUGUUCUGAUAACGAGCCAUUUGAGACACCUCCUGGUGUAACCUGCCGCGAGGCCGGCACUGCUUGGGAAACUCGUACAUUCGGAGGUCGAGUUUAUCCAAUCUGUCAAGCCGAGAAUUCUUUACUGAACAUUCGAGGCCUGUGCAUCAAAAGUAGUGCAUGGAAUUUUGAUAUGAUGAAAGUGAAUGAGAACUGGAUUCGUCAACUUUUCACAGAGUCACAUUGGAUUAUUGCGCUGCAUCCCCUACGGCCUCCAAUUGACAAAUAUGCACAAUAUGCUAUUCUCGAGGACGAGCUAAUUGAUGAGCGAUGUGACCUACUAAUAAAGAGCAAAGUACGUGGAAAUGACGUACGUGUUGAAUCUGGGAGUCCUAGGAAGAAGCCUAGGCCGAUCAUACCCGUUAAUAUCUGUGGAGGUAAGAAAGUGCAAAUGGGCUUCCAGGAAAGGACUUCAGGUGCACGCAUCAACUCCUAGUGUAUUUUCAUUCUAAAUUCUUAUUCAGAAUGAGUUCUGGCGUGCUUUGCUGGCGUUUACGGAUGGAGGGGACUAGAAAUUAAGAGUAAGUAUAUGUAUACCAGAUUUUCAUAAUAAUUAGCGGCGUAUUAUCCAUUCUCUGUUAAAUUCA